AUGGUAUUGGCUAAGCAAUGGGUUUUAAAGAAUCUUCCAAUUCCUGGUGAACCAUUCAAUUUUGAUUUUACCGAUCCUGAAUGCACUUUCGAACUUAUUGAAAAAGAACUCUGUUCAAACCAAUUAAAGGACGGUGAACUACUGCUGGAAACACAUUAUUUGUCCAAUGAUCCUGCUCAGAAAUUCUGGAUUUCAUCGCGGGACAAAAACUAUGCGAAAGGUGUUCAACCUGGUGAUAUUAUUCCCGCAAGAGGGAUCGGUAAAGUCUUGGCUUCUAAAAACAAGGAGUACUCUCCUGGUGAUUAUGUCUCUGCAAAGACCUGUUGGACUACGCAUGUCAUAGUUCCACAAUCAAGCGUUAAAGAAUUAAGAAAAGUUGAUAAAGACAAAGUGGGGAAGUUGUGGUGGUAUUUAUCCGUCUUAGGUGGUACUUCGCUAACAGCUUAUUUCAUAUUCUUCCACUAUGCUCAACUGCAAGAAAGAGAAGAGGAUUAUGGCAAAGUUUACCUAAUCUCUGGUGCGGCCGGUGCUGUUGGUAACAUUUGCAUUCAGCUGGCUUUGAAUGUGUUCAGGGCAUCAAAGGUCAUUGCUAUUGCUGGUGGACCAAAAAAAGUCGAAUUUGUUGAAACCUUCGGUGAAAAUGUGGUCGGUGUUGAUUAUAAAGACCCAGAAUUCAAAAAGAAGCUUAUCCAAGCUGCUGGCGGUGAAAAUACUGUGGAUUAUUUUAUCGACAACGUCGGUGGUGAUAUCUUGGAAGCUGGUGUUGUAUUAUUGAAGCAAAAGGCUAUGUUGAUAGCAUGUGGUGCCAUUAGUGCCUACAACGAUCCAUCAAAAUUUAUGUUCAAAAGCUAUGGAUACGUUCUAACCAAAAGGUUGGUAAUCAAAGGUGUAUUGGUUACAGACCAUACUGAUGAAUUCCCAAAAGCAUUGGAAAGAUUGAGUGUUUUCCUAACGCACGGCCAAAUUAGUGUAUUGAAUUCUGCCACCCUUAAAGAUGCUGUGGGUGAUAAUUUCAAGAAUGUUCCUUUGAUUUGGAAGGGUCUAUUCAACGGUAUUAAUAUUGGUAAGCUUAUCACCGAAGUCAAGAAGGAUGAAUGA